UAUAAUCUAUGUUACAUUCUGGAACAUUUAUCGUCCAAUAAUCGAGGUCUUGUAUGACCCUCCUGUCAGAGGACUUGGGGAAGGAAGAGGCGCAGAAAAAUACUUCUGCUGGAAAUACACUUUAACCUAUUUAGCUUUUUUUAAAGGCUUCCCCGCUCCACCGUGUGUUACACUGCAUAUGUUCUCACUAUCCUGGAUUGUGAAAGCGCGCGCACACGCCCCUCUGAUUCUCCAUAUGCUCAACAGAUAUUUUCCCUGAAUGGAGUUUCUCGUGUAUUAGCAGUCAGUACAGACAGGAUCCAUGUCGUUUUUGCGCUGGGUCUCAGAGAAGCUGAGUGUGGAGAGCCUGAGGGAUCUAGAGCUGUUUGGAGAGCAAGCUCAGGGAAGCUCUCACAGGAAACCCCAUGAAGACAGCGAGGAGUCUCUGACCUCCAUCCCUCACCAGGUCACCAUGGGAACCUUCCUACCCGACCGGUCCUCCUACGAGCUCCUCACCAUCAUCGGCAGGGGGCUGGAGGACCUGAUGACGGUUAACCUGGCGCGGUACCGCCCCACCGGGGAGCACAUAGCCAUCCGCCGCAUCGACCUGGAGGCCUGCACCAACGACAUGGUCAACUACCUACAGGGGGAGCUCCACGUGUCGAAGCUGUUCCAUCACCCAUGCAUACUGCCCUACAGAAGCAUCUUCAUCGCAGAGAACGAGCUCUGGGUGAUCACCCCCUUCUUGGCCUACGGCUCAGCCAGAGACCUGAUCAGCACCCAUUUCACUGAGGGCAUGGGUGAGCUGGCCAUCGCCUGCGUCCUGCUGGGGGUGCUCAAGGCCUUGGACUACAUUCACCACAUGGGCUACGUGCACCGGAGCGUGAAGGCCAGCCAUGUGCUGAUCUCUGCAGACGGGCAGGUCAUCCUGUCGGGGCUGCGCAGCAUCUUCAGCCUGAUCCGGCACGGCCAGCGAGCUCGGAGCGUGCACGACUUCCCCCAGUACAGCGUCAAAGUGCUGCCCUGGCUCAGCCCCGAGGUCCUGCAGCAGAACCUGCUGGGCUAUGACUCUCGCUCAGACAUCUACAGCCUGGGCAUCACCGCCUGUGAGCUGGCCAACGGACACGUGCCCUUCAAGGACAUGCCAGCCACCCAGAUGCUGUUGGAGAAGCUGAACGGCACAGUCCCCUGCCUCCUGGACACCAGCACCAUCCCCACGGACGAGCUCACGCUCAAGACCUCUCGCUCUGGGGCCGACUCGGGCAUCUGCGAGGGCCCCGGGGCCAGUGGGGCCCGCCACGCUAACGGGGACCCCUCCACCUCCAGCCACCCCUACAACCGCACCUUCAGCCCCCACUUCCACGCCUUCGUGGAGCUCUGCCUCCAGAGGGACCCCCAAAGAAGGCCUUCUGCCAGUGCUCUGCUCGGCCACUCCUUCUUCAAACAGAUUAAGCGCCGGCCGUCGGAGGCCCUGCCCGAGCUGCUGCGCCCCGUCUCGCCCAUCACCAGCUUCCAGAACGCCCAGCCGCCCGACUCCCCCUCGGGCGUGGCCAGCCUGGAGUCCAGCCUCAGCCAGCUGGACGUGGACGACUGGGACUUCUGACAGCGGUGUGGGGGGGGCGGGAUCUACCUGGAGGCGGUCUUAGAAGAGUUAAUUUUAUUACCCCUGUAAAUAUCCAAGCGGAAAAUUCCGGACUUUGAGGAGACUGGGAAAAGCGUCGGAGGGCUCAGUUCUCAUUGCCCCUCCCUCCCCACGAUCCUCGCGUCAGAGGCUGUAAGAUUCAUUCAACAGCCCGAGCGGACACUUCCUCCGAACGGCUCGUCGCGCGGGGGAGGCGUUUCCUCCUGUCGCCGUCGCGGGGCCCGAUUUCGGGGCCCUGUAAAACCGCCGGAAGGCUUUUUUUUUUUUUUUAGUUUCCCUCUGCACACCUAUUCGCCGGCGUUGACGGGAGCGGCGAGCCUCGCUGGCCGCCCGUCGUUGCAUCACUACUCUUCAGCGCGUCGUACGAAUCCGCGUCCAACCAGUCUUACCACGCAAAAAACUUCCUUCAGUCUCCUGCUGUUCAUCCACUGGACACGUCUGUUACCCGAUAUCAGUCUUUUACUCUUACGCAGGCUUGCCUGUCUGUGAACAACUCCUUCACCUUUGUGUAUUCACCCUUUCUUCUACUUGAAAGUCUGUUACCUCAUGUAAAGAUUCGGAUACUUUUUUUCAGCUCUUAGCGGAACCGAAGACUCUUUUUCUGCGUCUGUCGCUGUUACGUAUUUCUAACUGCUAAGCGAAUGUUACAGUAUUUUGGUCAAUAGCUGCAUAUCGAGUGGGUGCACAGGUGAGCUGGAGGCAAAGGUCUUCGGCAGCUGAACGUGGCGAAUAAAGUUGACUUCGCUCGCUA